UGCCAGAAAUACCGGAACUUAACCUUAGAAAUGGCGGUAAUAACUGCUAUGUCGGAGUUGUUUUAUUGCUGUUUUUUACGUGUUUUGUGUGCUAAGAUCUUCUGCCAUGGUUAAAUAAUAAUUUAAAAUUUCAGAUCGUGCUGUUGAGGUGUUCUGUACAAAGUUGGAAAUUGUUUUAGUGUUACAGGUGAUGUGUGGAGUUAUUUAGUCAGAGCUUGGUUUAUGUAUGUACAAAAUUUCUUGUUUAUCCACGAUUUUUUAGUCCAGACUUUUUCAACAUUUUUGUAUAUUGGCGACAAUUGUAAUCACUGCCCGUGUAGGCGUGCGUCUUUUGACCACAAUGGAAUCCGAACUAAAUGAAAUUAAGUCUGUGAUACGUGGGUUGUUGAUUUCGACCCCAAAAGCUAUGACCAUUGCAACACUGAAGAAAGACUACAUUGAAGAAGUUGGCGAAGCCAUUCCUUUUUAUAAGUUUGGAUACCGAAACUUGGAAACUUUUUUGCAGUCAAUAAAUGACACUGUGGUGAUGCAGUUUUGCCCGGUGCUUAAUUCCUACACGGUCCUGCCGGUGAGAAGCGAGAAGUCUGCUCACGUGGAGGAGCUGGUGAUGAAGCAGAAGGUGAGCCAGCCGGCGUCGCGCAAGAAGGGACCGAGGUUCCCCAUGUACGGGUCUCAGACGCGGAGGACGCUGGUGCGACGCCCGCCGGCGCUGUUGAAGCCCAACGCCUUCAGGCAUGCCAGCGGCCAGAUCACCUACACCACCAAGUGCAACAUAGCAAAGUUUGUGUCUUCGUAUCCGGAGGGAGUGCCCAUUCAUUCUAUUAUGACUAAAUUUCUUAGAGACUUUGUUACUACACCACAAGAAGCAGAGGAAUUGCUGCAAAAGGUUGAAGAUGUAGAAGUUUAUAAUAGAAUGGUGUACCCUACGAAGAGGAAGAAUUACGGAAAUAUUGAGGCCUCCAAAAAUUUUCACCAAAGUCAGCCAACCUUCCACGUCACUAAAAAAGAGACGGUGUAUGCCUCGCCGAAUCACCGCCCCGUUGAGAACGGAUACAGCGCCAGAGAACCAAGUGCAUCUCGGUUGAAUUCCACUAGCCAGUUAGUCCCGGCGGAACUGGAUGACGAAAAGGAAUAUUUCAGCGAUGUCGAAGAGAUCAACUCUUUGAUUGAUGAUUACAACGAGGGUUUCUGGGAGGUUAACAAAUUGUGCAAACAGUCAUCGCCAUCACUCCCGGUGUCCCGUGGGGAAGGUCGCGUGUCUCUUCCACAAAGGACGAGUGCUACCGUCGAUAACAGCAAGCCCAGCAGUAAUGGUUUUGCCCACGAAGACAAGAGGGACGACUGCUCUCCGGGCAGUUACUCCAGCCUGAUCAGCAAGCGCGCCGAGGAAAAUAUCCGCUAUCUUCUGGGGGUGCAUUCUGAAGGGAUCCUGGCCUCUCAGUUCGAACAGAAGUACCAGGAUUCAUUUGGCUAUACAUUCAAACAUCAAGACUUUGGAUUUGUAAGCAUGAUUCAGAUGGCAGCAGCUUUGAAACAUUUAUUCAAGAUUGUUGCCGUAAGUGGUACUACUGACUGGAAACUCUUUGAUGCUAAAGCUUCUGUGACAGAGUCAGAUUGCGUCAAUGGAAAUCCUGUGAUACCAUCUGAUGUUAAAAACCAGAUUUUGGAGCUGGUGAACAGACAUCCCGGUGGGUUGGAAUCUUCACAGCUGGAGCAGAGAUACGAGGCUUCAUAUAGAUCAAAGUUAAAUCCUCAGGGAAUGGGAUUUGCAGAUCUUGAGGCCUGCUUAAUGGCAUUAUUUGAUGAUUUGUCACUUAAGUAUGUUAAUGGAAAUAUCUACAUCCAUCCAAAAAUGAUAAAAUGGGCUGAUAUUUUGAAGGAUCCGCCAUUACCUCCAAUGACUGUGGCUGAUGUUUUGGAAGGAAUGAAUGAUUAUUACCCUCCUGAAGCCUUAAAGCUAGACUACAUCCUACCUCACGAACAGUUACCACCGGACUUGAAAACAAAGUCGCUUCUGAGUAUUUUAGUCUUGGAUGUCAUCUCUCCUACCAGAUGGUUCUUUCUUAAGUAUGGAAACUUAACAUCUUUUGAAGAUUUCAUGGAUGACCUGCAAUUUUUUUACAACGCAGAAGGUUCGCACCUCAAGAUGCAUCCGAAGACGGUACUGAAGAACCAUUUGUGUGCGGUGGAGUACGUUGACCCCAACAACCAGUCCAGGGAUUGGUGUAGGGCUCGAAUCAGGGAAGUCAACCCGGACGGAACUGCCCUGCUUUUCUUCAUUGAUUACGGUAGCAGAUCAACAGUAAAAAUUUCUGAACUGAAGUACCUGCACCAGAAUUUUGGUGGCUAUCCUGCGCAGGCCUUCAGAGGCACCCUGUACGGUGUGAAGCCACCACAUGGGGAGACCUGGCCUGUAGAGAGUUGCAAAACUCUUUUGAAACUAGUUGCCUCAAAGGGCAUACAAGCUGAAGUGGUGGAGGUGGAUUACGAGAAGUUUUGGGUGUCUGUUCACAUGGUGGAUACAAAUACAACGGAGGACAUAAUAAUCAGCAGUGUGUUGGUGGAAAAAGGAUUGGCUAAGUUUUCACUUUUUGAAGAAGAAAUAGAAGAAGAAAAGAGUAAAGUACAAGAGGAUAGACCAGAAGAAAUUUCCUUCACGGACUGGAAAAGUGAAGAUCUGGUGGAAGAAGAACCAUGUCAAAAGCCUGAAGUAUUUUCCAGUGUUGAUCAGGCAGAAUCGUUCGUUCAGUACCCAGUCCUUCAGAACUCUAAGGACUCUGAAAGUGAUGAUUUGAAAGAACUUGAAGUUCCUAGUUUACCUCCUGAAGUUUUCUUACGAGUUGAGCAAUCUGCAGUCCAGUUACCCUUGCUGGAGAACGUCAAGGUGGCCAGCGGCACACAAUCGCCAGUGAGCAUGAGCAACUUGCCGUGCACACCGCCUCCUUCAGCUUCAGCGCCUGCGAUGAAUGUUUUCGAUCACCAGUUUGCCGCGGCCCAAUACGGCCACCAGACGUUGCCCCCUGCGCAAGUGUGGUACAAUAACCAGUUGCCAGUACAGCAACAGCAGCCAAACUUCAUGAAUGGCAACUGGCAGUACAUGACGAACAACUGGCCUCCGAUGACCAUUCAGAAGAAGCCGCCCCCUGGGUUUAUCGCCCUGGAGCACUUUAACCAAACUUUUCGAAUGCAGGCACCAGGACUUGUACCUCAAGCCUAUCAGAUGAACUUCAACCAGCCUCAGAGGUCCACCAUGGACUUCGUGCACUCCCAAAUGCCACAGAUGAACUAUGGUUGUGCCCCCCAGUUGCCCCAGAUGGGCAUUGGCCACCCACCGCCACACAUGAACUUCUCCCCACAGAUCUCCCAAGCACAGCUGCAGCAGAAUGUCAUGGAAUUCUUCAUGAUGACACAGGCCGCCCAAUCGGGGCAGUCUCGGGUCGUCAAUUCGCCGAGUGUUCCGGUCAGCCCGUGGUGGACGAACCCCAGCGCAGUGUACAACCCGCCCCCGAUUGCCAGCAGCUCUUCUCAGGCCUUCUCGAUCUCUGAGCUGCCCCCAUCGCCAGCCCGGACGCCCACUGCUCAGUCCGACUCCCACAGCGAAAACUCGUCAAGACCAGACUCUCAGGACAUUUCGGUGCAGACCAUUGACGAUUCGGAGGAGGCAUCCAAUUUCCAAAUAUCAGCACCGAAUGCUAAUGCUGAAGUGUUGAAAUUUUCCGAACUCUGUGCUGUAGCUUCCGAAAAGACUUCCCUAACGACUGACGCUACAAAAACUUUUACUAUGCCUCUGGCAACUUUAGCCAAAGCCAUGUCGCAGGGUGAUUCUUCAAGGACUUUUGAAUCUGGUGAUGCAUGUGAACCACAAGGGGAUCAAGAAACUGCUAUAAGCUCUGCACGCUAUGAUGAGACUGCUGUUAACUCUGCCCACUAUGAUGCGACUGCUAGUAGCUCUGUGCUAUAUGAUGAGACUACUGGUAGCUCUUUGCAAUGUGAUGAGACUGCUGGUAGCUCUGCGCACUAUGAUGAGACUGCUGGUAGCACUGCCCGGUAUGAUGAGACUGGUGGUAGUUCUACGUGCUAUGAGGAGACAGCUGGUAGCACUGCCCGCAAUGAUGAGACUGGUGGUAGUUCUACGUGCUAUGAGGAGACAGCUGGUAACUUGGCACUGUGUGAUGAGUUACUUCAACUGGAUCUGGAUGCACUAGAAGCACUGUUGGUUGACGGGAGUUCCAGAGAUGCCGAUGUUUGUUCAUUUAUCUACAGGAGUGACGAUGACGAGGAUGACUACGAUGAUAAUGACUCUGUGGAAGAAGCAAAUGAGUGCGAGGAGGUGGAAGAACCUGAAGAUCCGAAGAGCUCCAAUAGUGCGUCGCAUGUCGCACUACAGGACGUACCACGGGAUGUACCAACCGAUGUACUCAUCGCACCAGAGCAAUUGUUUCAAGAAGCAAGAAGGCCGAGGUCCCGGAGCCCGGAGGUACCGCCAGUACCCGCAGUUGUGAAGGACUGGAACAUCCAACUGAUAUCUGUGGGGAAGCAUCGGCUACACCUGAUCACCGUGCAAGGGAAUGAUUACGUAAGCACAGCCGAGCUGAACGCCACGUAUGCGUUGUUCUCCGCACAGAGCGUCUUGCUGAACAUCCUCACGUCCAUGAGUGUGCACGCUAGUUUCCUCGAACUAAGCCGCAUCAAGUGGAAGGGACUUUUUGAAGAUUUAGACUUAUGCUGUGACGUGGCAGGCAUCAAGAAGGCAAAUGGCAGGCUGGUCGGUAAGAUGCACCUUACGCCUGUCGAUGCAGUAGCCAGCGUCUUGAGAGCUGUCUCAAAGAAUGCCAAAUCCCAAAUAAACGAAUUUGAGGUAUUCCAUUUUUACUAUUUUAUCUGUUUCAUUCCAUUUUGCCAUCAUUUUUGGGAAAUAACACAGCCUUAUGCUCUUACCUAGUUUACGAAAGCAUUUUGCUGCACAACAGGUGAAAUCUAAAUGCAAGGUUGUUAGCCAAAAUGCAAUAUGGAUCAUGUUCUAAUCCUGCAGAUAUUUUUGCGAGAUUAUUUAUUGAUCAUUUUUUUUUUUUGGGAUGGUCCAAAUUGCUGUGUACUGCAGGGUGGUAAGUAAUUGGCUUUGAUUCAACAUGUAGCACUCGGAACCUUUGGCUAGCUUGCACGUACAUGAACAAAUGGAGAAAUUUGUUGGGCACUGAAAAAAGGUUAGGUUCCAAAAAAAAAAAUGUUACUGUCGAUGAUUGAUUACUGAAAUAAUGUAUCUCGGACUUAAACUGAUAUUAACUUUUUUUUUUAAUUCUUCACGAAAAUUCACAAGUAUUCAUGGCCGCCAUAUUUGAACCACGAUAACAUAUACUGUCAAAACUACAAACUUGUCAUACAAAUCAUGUGCAGUGUAUCAAAAAUGCAAAUUUAUUGUUUGAGGUUACUGAAAGUGAAAGUGGAACAUCGCAUUGGUAAAUUGUAUGGUUUCUUGCAACUCACAGCACAAGCCGAAGGACUCUGUCCUCGGAACAAUAGAAUCUACUCGCUCAUCGUUUUGGGCUGUUACCGACGACCGUGGUAGAACGAAUCAUAUUUUUAAAAUGUCCAGAAAGGUUUCAAGUUCGGCGUAGCCCUGAUCACGGCCGCAAAAUAUUGAUUCUGAGCCACUGCCUGGCACGCAACAUCUCUGUACCUCGUACAGACACUGACUGCCUCCAUUGCUGCCCUUCUUCCUGAGGAAGGACCUUGGACGCUCAUGUGCCGUACCUCUGUCUCUCUCCAACGCUUAUGUAACUGGCAAACUAUUGCAUCAGUCAGCUUUCAAACCAAGAACUGUAGUAAAAAAAGAUACCAAAUAAAAUUAUGUGACCACACACAAAACUUAACCAACAUUAAAAAAAAAUAGGUAUAAAUGCAACUUCCAAUGACUUUUUCACAACUAAUUAAGAAAAUAUUCAGAAAUAUCUGCAAACAUUAAAUAAUGUAAAUUAUGAUUGUAAAACUCAUGGAAAACACACAAAUACUUCUCAGAAUAAAUAAAUAAA